GACCACCUUUGUCAUCAAUAGACAUAGAACACUUCUUUCCUCUUCUUCAUGCACCCCCUCUCCUGCCUCUCUUCCUUCAUCCUGUCAUCUUCUGCCUCUCUUCCUUCAUCCUGUCAUCUUCUGCCUCUCUUCCUCAUUCUCGUCAUUCUCGUCAUUCUCGUCAGUGCUACCUACAUCAAUUGCCAUAGCAUCAAUUGCUAUCAUGCCAUCAGCUCCAUCCACAACCUGCGGCCGUACAAAACAACAACUCUCUCUACCUGUUCUUCUCCUCCUCCUGACCACCACCACUACUCUUCUCACCACAGCAGCGUCGGCACCUUCCCCUGCACUGCCAUCCGCAUUACCAUCAAUUCGCCAUGACCCAUUCCAUACUCUCCUUGGGCUCCAAACUGACCAAGAGCUCCCGACUGCUGCUGCUGCUGACGCCGCUCCACGAAAGGGUCGUACAGUUGACGUACCGCACUUUGUCAGGCACCUGAUCCCUAGACAGCAACAGCAGCAGCACCGGCGGCAGUACGCUGCUGACUCUAUCCAUCAUUCGAGCCAUGCGUCCUCACAUAUUUCGUCCUCUGCAUUCCAUCAACCCAUGCCACAGCCGAGUUUUGGUCGUAAGGAGCAUGAUCACACCCUGCACAAGCAAGGACACUGUCGGCAGUCAGUGCAGAUCGAAAACUCACUCUGCGACUACGAUGCAGUGGAAAUCAUCAACCGGGAGAUGCGGGAGCAGCUGCAGGCCCUGGUCCAACAAAAGUACUUCAGGUUUUACAAGCUCAAUCUAUACGGCACAUGUCCCUUCUGGACCGAGAAUCAUCUGUGCACGAACAAGGAUUGCGGCGUCGCUGUUAUCGAUGAGCGUAGCGUCCCAGAGAAAUGGACAGGCGCAGCUCUAGGAGCCAUCUCCUCGCCGACAAAUGGAAUGCUGUUCCAACCUUUCAAAAGCUGUCAGCUCAAGGACCAGGAUUUUUGUCAAGUCGAUGAUGAGGCCGUCUCGCAGGGCGUCUAUGUGGAUCUGAUGGAGAAUCCUGAGCGCUUUACAGGUUACUCUGGCCCCUCUGCCGCCAAGGUCUGGGAUGCAAUCUACAACGAGAACUGCUUCAAUAUUGCACAGCGGAUGCAGCAGGAGUCCGAUUGUGAACAAUGCUCAUUGGAUCACCAAGCAAACAAGGAGACGAUCGCAGGUGAACUUAGGACUACCGCUGCAACGGGAGUUUCUCUGGCCAAGAACUCACUUGCAGCGCCAGAAUCUGGAUGGAGCCACCCAGGGGACCGACUAGAACGAAUGAGGGAAUCUUCAGACGCGGGGAGCGAUAGCCAUGGAGUGCCCCCUUCAAGCACCUCUGCAGCAUCUGAAUCUAUGAAUGCUUUGACAGCAGGCGCUUCUCAAGACGAGGAGGCGUGUCUGGAAAAGCGGGUCUUUUACCGGAUGAUCUCUGGCCUCCAUGCAUCUAUCUCAAUUCAUAUAUGCGACGAGCACUUUAACCGAACGUCCGGUGUCUGGGGCCCUAACCUGGAGUGCUUUGUCUCCAGAGUCGGUGCACAUCCUGAUCGCCUCGAGAACAUUUACUUCGAUUAUGCCAUUUUGGUACGCGCCGUUACCAAGUUGUCUGGAUAUUUAAAGGAUUACCAGUUUUGCACUGGUAACCCCGAGGAAGAUACCAAAGUCAAGGCUAUGGUCGAUAGUCUGAUUAAUACUUCAUCCAAAUCGCCAGCUGUAUUCGAUGAAAAAGCCAUGUUUGUUGGACCCGGCGCGCAGGCGCUUAAGCUAGAGUUUCGGGAUCAUUUCAGGAACGUCUCAAAGAUCAUGGACUGCGUUGGAUGUGAAAAGUGUCGCCUCUGGGGUAAGGUUCAGACGUCAGGACUCGGGACAGCCCUGAAAGUGCUCUUUUCAUAUAAUGAUGAGUUUCUCAAUCCGACCAAGAACCCAAAUCUGUUACAGAGAACAGAAAUUGUCGCUCUCUUCAACACCUUCAACCGACUGUCGGAGAGCGUAGAGUCGAUUGUCAGGUUCAGGGAGAUGUUCAUGGAAGAUUACCAGUCCCAACGGAAAGCCUCGACAGCUCCCGCUCCAACGUCGGAACGCCAACAACAUCCAUUAGAAUCAGGGUCGAUGCCUACAGGAAUGGAGGAACAAAUCCAGCCUAUGCCAUUGGAAAUCUGGCCAUUCAUUACUUCGGUAUUGGAGAGGCACCUCGACUCGAUCGUAGCCCGAGGUUCCAGUUCAAGUCCGCGACACCCUACACACUCUCCACAUUCUACUAGAGCGCACUCUUCUAGCGCCGAGGCUGCUCUUCGACAUGUCCAGGAGUGGAUGUGGACCAAGAGUUCUGACCUAACCGACCUAGUACUCAAGAUCUAUCGGAACCCUAUGCCAUUGUUUUACGGCGAAAGGAUACGAACAAAGAGCCACCCGUCAGGAUAGCAGUAGUAAUAACAGGAGCUCGACUCUAUUUGGGCCGUUAUCCCAAACCAAGGUCUCGACAGUCGCAGCAUCGUCCCACAAAGACGACUGACAUAAAUAAGUUCGGCGGUACAGACAAUUUCUAGUUUAUUAUGAAGAAUGGAUAAAUGAAUGGACGAGAAUGC